AUCGACGAGUCCGCGGUCACACUGGUCAAAACAUUGAAUUUUUACAUAGUUGAAAAAUGUUAAUUUAAGUACCUAAAUUGCCAAAAUUGAACGUUUAACGAACGCCAAGAGAGUAUCCCGCUUCAGUAGCUUCUAGCCGACGACCAUCCCUCCCUCAGGAAGCACCACCCAAUUCCAAGAGCAAUUCACAUCCAAAAACACUCAGAGAGACCUCGAGAAAAACUAAACAAGCAAACAAACAAACAAACAAAUAAAAAUGGAUCGCAAGGCUGAGCUGGAAAGAAAAAAGGCCAAAUUGGCGGCCCUACGCGAGGAGAAGGAUCGUCGGCGGAGGGAAAAGGAGAUUAAAGAUAUGGAAGAGGCGGCCGGACGCAUUGGCGGUGGCGCUGGCAUAGACAAAGAUCAGCGAAAAGAUCUGGAUGAAAUGCUGUCGUCCCUGGGCGUGGCACCUGUCUCCGAGGUGCUGUCGUCUCUGUCAUCGGUUAACUCAAUGACGUCGGAAAAUUCCAAUACACAGACACCCGACGCCAGCCUUCAGGCCACUGUCAAUGGUCAAAAUGGCGGUAAGAAACAACAGCCUUUGAAUCUGAGCGUUUACAAUGUGCAAGCAACGAACAUUCCACCAAAGGAGACCCUGGUCUACACGAAACAAACACAAACGACCAGCACCGGGGGACAUGAGCGUGAUGUUCUUUCUUGCCACUCCUCGCCUCUGUCAGGAUAUAUGGAGGAUUGGUGGCGUCCACGUAAAGUUGUUGGCACGCACGCAAAAAAAACUGCAGCUCAUGCUACGGAUUAUUAUGAUGAAUACAAUCUUAAUCCGGGUUUAGAGUGGGAGGAUGAAUUCACAGGAGAUGACGAAGAGAGCUCCCUGCCCCAUUUGGAUAAUGGAUUCUCAUCGAAGCUGCCGCCCGGCUUUCUCACCCAUGGCCUGCCCACGGUGAAGGAUGUGGCGCCGGCCAUAACACCGCUCGAGAUCAAAAAGGAGCACGAAAUCAAGAAGGAGGUCAACGAACUGUCUGAGGAGCAGAAACAGAUGAUCAUACUAUCGGAGGACUUUCAGAGAUUUGUGGUGCGUGCGGGACGUGUCAUCGAGCGGGCCCUGUCGGAGAACGUGGACAUCUACAUGGACUAUAUUGGCGGUGGGGACAGCGAGGAGACCAGCGAUGAGCGCUCGCACGCACGCCUCUCACUGAAUCGGGUAUUCUACGAUGAGCGAUGGUCGAAGAAUCGGUGUAUUACCAGCAUGGACUGGUCCACACACUUCCCAGAGCUGGUGGUGGCCUCGUAUCACAACAACGAGGAGAGCCCCAAUGAGCCGGACGGCGUGGUGAUGGUGUGGAAUACCAAAUUCAAGAAGAGCACACCCGAGGAUGUCUUCCAUUGCCAGAGCGCCGUGAUGUCCACCUGCUUUGCCAAGUUCAAUCCCAAUCUGAUACUCGGCGGCACCUACUCGGGCCAGAUUGUACUCUGGGAUAAUCGCGUGCAGAAGCGCACGCCCAUACAGCGGACGCCGCUGAGCGCGGCGGCGCACACACAUCCCGUUUACUGUCUCCAGAUGGUGGGCACACAGAAUGCGCACAAUGUCAUCUCAAUAUCGUCGGACGGCAAGCUGUGCUCGUGGUCGCUGGACAUGCUGUCACAGCCCCAAGAUACGCUCGAGCUGCAGCAGCGCCAGUCGAAGGCCAUUGCCAUCACAUCGAUGGCAUUCCCGGCCAAUGAGAUCAACAGUCUGGUGAUGGGCAGCGAGGAUGGCUAUGUCUAUUCGGCCUCGCGGCACGGCCUGCGUUCGGGGGUGAAUGAGGUGUACGAACGGCAUUUGGGCCCCAUCACGGGCAUCUCGACGCACUACAACCAAUUGUCGCCAGACUUUGGCCACCUGUUCCUCACCUCGUCCAUUGACUGGACCAUCAAGCUCUGGUCCCUCAAGGACACAAAGCCGUUGUACUCGUUCGAGGACAAUUCGGAUUAUGUGAUGGACGUCGCCUGGUCGCCCAUUCAUCCCGCACUUUUCGCUGCUGUCGAUGGUAGCGGUCGUCUUGACUUGUGGAAUCUCAAUCAGGAUACCGAAGUACCAACAGCAUCGAUUGUCGUUGCCGGUGCGCCGGCGCUCAAUCGUGUCUCAUGGACACCAUCCGGACUGCAUGUCUGCAUUGGUGACGAGGCCGGCAAAUUGUAUGUCUAUGACGUGGCUGAGCAUCUGGCGCAACCGUCGCGGGAUGAAUGGUCACGAUUUAAUGCCCAUCUCGGCGAGCUAACGAUGAACCAGGGCGACGAGGUCUAAGGCGGUGCCCCCCGGGGAACAGGCCUUAACCGAUGAUGAUGAUGUUGAUGUUGGGACGAUAGCUGAUAGUCGAUUGUUGAUAACUGGUACGAUUUCUGCGAUUUCUGUAACCUCUCCCUCCUUUCGUUGGGCCUCACUGAACGGAAAGAAGAAGCUCUUCCCCUCUCAAGCCCCAGUGGAAUGUAAUUUUUAUAUAAAUUGUGUGCGUUUUUUUUUUUUAUCCAUUAACUAUUAUGUGUGAACCCGCUCCAUAGUUGUGUAUAGCCCAGAACCAAUCAUA